AUGUCAAAGAUGUGGACUGUGAAGGUGUUCGGCCUUGGAGCAAUUGCAUUUACCCUCAGUGUAGAACUGCUGUGGAGGCUCUUGCGUCACCUCAAACCACGGAAAACUUUGAAUGAGGUCCUCUUCUUUCCGUCCAAGGUCGCCUGCGUGGAACGCUUCUUCUCACCUGCUUCCCUCAACUCCUGUGGCUGCCCUCUGCCUCAUGGUGUCGAGACAUCCUUCACUCGUCUUCUCGGCUUCCUCCUGUCAGCUUCCUCCUCUCUGGACUUGUGUUUGUUUUCUUUUUCCAACAUGGAACUGAGCAGGGCUGUUGUGUACCUGUACAGAAGAAAGGUAACCGUCAGAGUCCUUGUAGACAAGACAUACUCUGUCAUCAGCGGCUCCCAGGUGGGUGCCCUCCGCAAUGCGGGGAUCUGCGUGCGCAACGUAGGCGGCUAUGUUCACAUGCAUCACAAGUUCGCCCUGGUGGACGGCCAGCGCCUCAUCACAGGCUCCCUCAACUGGACGCUGGCAGCGGUGCAGUGCAACGCGGAGAACAUCGUCGUCACUGAUGAGCCUGGUCUUGUCCUGCCCUUUGUCAAGGAGUUCCAUAGGUUAUGGGCGGACAAUGAUCCGUCUCAGAACGGACCCUCCAGUGACCAAAAUGUGACCCACCACGAAUAG